GCAAAGAAGAAGCAGCUCUCGAUUGGAUACUCACUAUUCUGGCGUCAGGGGUUUCAGCCAAUCAGAAUGUAGAAAUGCUCCCAGAGCCCCCGCCCCUUCCUCAGGGUAACCUUUGGUGGCGGGAAAAGUUCGGAAGUUUUCGCGCCGGGGCGGGGUCACCCAGGGACCCUCCGCGCCACUCGGGAGGAGGCAGUUCCGAGGGGGCGAGCAUGGCGGGCACGGUGGUGCUGGACGAUGUGGAGCUGCGGGAGGCGCAGCGAGAUUACCUGGACUUCUUGGAUGACGAGGAAGACCAGGGAAUUUAUCAGAGCAAAGUUCGGGAGCUGAUCAGUGACAACCAAGCCCGGUUGAUUGUCAACGUGAAUGACCUGCGCAGGAAAAAUGAGAAGAGGGCCAACCGCCUCCUGAGCAAUGCCUUUGAGGAGCUGGUCGCCUUCCAGCGGGCCUUAAAGGAUUUUGUGGCCUCCAUUGAUGCUACCUAUGCCAAGCAGUAUGAGGAGUUCUACAUAGGCUUGGAGGGCAGCUUUGGCUCCAAGCACGUGUCUCCCCGGACUCUUACCUCCUGCUUCCUCAGCUGUGUAGUCUGUGUGGAGGGCAUUGUCACUAAGUGCUCUCUAGUUCGUCCCAAAGUUGUCCGCAGUGUCCACUACUGUCCUGCCACCAAGAAGACCAUAGAGCGCCGAUAUUCCGAUCUCACCACCCUGGUGGCCUUUCCCUCCAGCUCUGUCUAUCCCACCAAGGAUGAGGAAAACAAUCCCCUUGAGACGGAAUAUGGCCUUUCUGUCUACAAGGACCACCAGACCAUCACCAUCCAGGAGAUGCCAGAGAAGGCCCCCGCCGGCCAGCUUCCCUGCUCUGUGGACGUCAUUCUGGAUGAUGACCUGGUGGAUAAAGUGAAGCCUGGUGACCGAAUCCAGGUGGUGGGGACCUACCGCUGCCUUCCUGGAAAGAAGGGAGGCUACACCUCGGGCACCUUCAGGACGGUCCUGCUUGCCUGCAACGUGAAGCACCUGAGCAAGGACAUUCAGCCUUCGUUCUCUGCUGAGGAUAUAGCCAAGAUCAAGAAGUUCAGUAAAACCCGUUCCAAGGAUAUCUUUGACCAGCUGGCCAGGUCGCUGGCCCCUAGUAUCCAUGGGCAUGACUAUGUCAAGAAGGCGAUCCUCUGCCUGCUCUUGGGAGGGGUGGAACGAGACUUAGAAAAUGGCAGCCACAUCCGUGGGGACAUCAAUAUUCUUCUGAUAGGAGACCCGUCCGUUGCCAAGUCUCAGCUUCUGCGCUAUGUGCUUUGCACCGCACCCCGGGCUAUCCCCACCACUGGCCGCGGCUCCUCUGGAGUGGGUCUGACGGCCGCUGUCACCACGGACCAGGAAACAGGGGAGCGUCGUCUGGAAGCGGGGGCCAUGGUCCUGGCUGACCGAGGUGUGGUUUGCAUCGAUGAAUUUGACAAGAUGUCUGACAUGGACCGCACGGCCAUCCACGAAGUGAUGGAGCAGGGUCGAGUCACUAUCGCCAAGGCUGGCAUCCAUGCUCGACUGAAUGCCCGCUGCAGUGUUUUAGCAGCUGCCAACCCCGUCUAUGGCAGGUAUGAUCAGUACAAGACCCCUAUGGAGAACAUCGGGCUGCAGGACUCCCUGCUCUCCCGAUUUGACUUGCUCUUCAUCAUGCUGGAUCAGAUGGACCCUGAGCAGGAUCGGGAGAUCUCGGACCAUGUCCUUAGGAUGCACCGUUACAGGGCACCUGGGGAGCAGGAUGGCGAUGCUAUGCCUUUGGGUAGUGCUGUGGAUAUCCUGGCUACAGACGAUCCCAACUUUAGCCAGGAAGACCAGCAGGACACCCAGAUUUAUGAGAAGCAUGACAACCUUCUGCAUGGGACCAAGAAGAAAAAGGAGAAGAUGGUGAAUGCAGCUUUCAUGAAGAAGUACAUCCACGUGGCCAAAAUCAUCAAGCCCAUCCUAACACAGGAGUCAGCUGCUUACAUUGCAGAAGAGUACUCCCGCCUGCGCAGCCAAGACAGCAUGAGCUCGGACACCGCCAGGACAUCUCCAGUUACAGCCCGGACGCUGGAAACUCUGAUUCGCUUAGCCACAGCCCAUGCCAAGGCCCGCAUGAGCAAGACGGUGGACCUGCAGGACGCCGAGGAAGCUGUGGAGUUGGUCCAGUACGCCUACUUCAAGAAGGUUCUGGAGAAGGAGAAGAAACGUAAGAAGCGAAAUGAGGAUGAAUCGGAGACGGAAGAUGAAGAGGAGAAAAGCCAGGAGGACCAAGAGCAGAGGAGGAAGAGGAGGAAGACUCGUCACUCAGAUGCCAAAGAUGGGGACUCCUAUGACCCCUAUGACUUCAGUGACACAGAGGAGGAAAUGCCUCAAGUGCACACUCCAAAGACGGUGGACUCCCAGGAGACCAAGGAGCCCCAGAAGGUGGAGCUGAGUGAGUCCAGGUUGAAGGCAUUCAAGGUGGCCCUCUUGGAGGUGUUCCAGGAAGCUCACGCACAGUCAGUGGGCAUGAAUCGCCUCACAGAAUCCAUCAACCAGAACAAAGAAGAGCCCUUCUCUUCAGCGGAGAUCCAGGCUGCGCUGAGCAAGAUGCAGGACGACAACCAGGUCAUGGUCUCUGAGGGCAUCGUCUUCCUCAUCUGAGGAGGCCUCAUCUCUGCACUUUGGAGUUGAGCCAAGAAGGUUUCUCCCAUGUUUCUUCCCCCACCGCAUACGCCCUGCCCCCAAGUCUUUGCCUUUAUUCCCUGAAUAAGAGUGUUUAAUUGAACUGGAGUUGGGAGACAUGUGAUGACGCCGAUCAGGAGUCGGUGGAAGCCUUGGGAAUGGGCAAUGAAAGCUGCCGUGAGGUAAAGAGAAGAAAGUAGGAAGGACCAAGACUAUUGCUUCUUCAUUGCAAGAGACUGGAUCACACUGCCUGCUUCCCAUCCCCAAACAAACCAAACCAUUGUUUGCUGUAAAUAACAUAUGACUUCUGAUUAAUUUCGCGGGCACCUUGGUUUCUGUUUAUCCUUUCUGUGUUCGUUGGCUGUUUUCUUCCUCCCGAGCACUUUGGUCCAGAAUAGGCUUUGGAUUGUUUUAUGCUGCUGGAGAGAAGCUCUGAGGCAAGUCAUGGAGGCCAAAAAAGCUUAUGUGCAGUAGCAUCAGUUAAGACUAAUGCAUACUUUUGACCUGAAUAUCCAAGACAUUGAAUAAACUUACCCAUUUUUAUGCUAUA